UGCAGAUUUCAUGUUGUCCCUUGACUUGUCAUUGACACUCAUAGACAGCUGACAAUACUGACAUUGACAACUCUUGUUGUAAUCAAAUUCACGUACUUAGUUGCCGGGGCUGAUAAAAUUAAAUUCCUUUUACUUAAAAUGAUUACUUAUUUAGAAAUUAAAGGCUUCGAAGAAUUCGCUAAAUAUACUGAAAGUAUAGACCCGAAUGGAGCACCAGUUUUUUUCUUUUUUAGUGGAUCCAAACUACCUGACGGUAAUAGUUGGUGCCCGGAUUGCGUGGAAGCUGAACCAGUUGUCAAGGCAUACUUAAAUGAACUACAAAAGGAAGUAAUAUUUGCCUAUGUUGAUGUUGGGGACCGCGAAUACUGGAAAGAUCGGGCCUGCCCUUUCCGGACAGACAAUCGUACUAAGUUGAUGGUCAUCCCUACACUCAUUAAGUGGAAAGGAGUUCAAAGGUUAGAGGGUAGUCAGUGUAACAAACGGGACCUUCUGCAAAUGAUGUUUGAAGAGGAAGACUAAUAAGCAGCCAUUUGGAAUGUUGCUAAUCUUCCCAUUUCAAUCACAUGUAAAUUAUUAUUGAAAUGUAUAUACGACAAGGUAAUUUGUAAGCAUCAUAUUUUUCAGUAAAAUGUUAACAUUG